GAGGUAAAUAAAUCGGACAUGGCAGAAGGUAUCGGAGACUUUACGAGAUGGACUACUCGGUUGUAGCAGCGAGUUUGGCGGCUCUGGGUCUCUACCUCAACACACUCCGUGCCGACUUCGCCUACGACGACAGUCGAGCGAUCCAGAAGAAUCCCGACUUGCUGCCAGAGACUCCACUCCUGAACAUCUUCUACGAUGAUUUCUGGGGGACGCCACUGACCCACAGCGGAUCCCACAAGUCGUACCGGCCGCUAUGUGUCCUCUCAUUCCGUCUGAACCACAUCCUGGGGGAACUCGACCCGUGGGGGUACCACCUCGGAAAUGUCUUACUCCACACUCUCGUCACGGCGGUCUUCACGCACCUCGCGAGGAUAUUCCUCAAACGCAGCCUGCCGACGCUCACUGCCGGUCUGUUAUUUGCCUCACACCCCGUUCACACGGAGGCGGUGGCUGGGGUGGUGGGGCGGGCUGAUGUUGGGGCGUGUCUCUUCUUUCUGCUAGCUUUCCUCAGUUACAUGAAGUAUGUGGAGUGCCGUAGUGCACGGGAUCAAGCCUGGGUGCGGUGGUGGUUUAUGGGUGCUGUGUAUUCGUUCUCCACGGCCAGUAUGUUGACUAAGGAGCAAGGGAUAGCUGUGUUGGCCGUGUGUGCCAUUUAUGACACGUUUAUUUACAACCGCGUCAAGCUGCUGGAUAUAAUGAAAUUACAUAUAUUAACUAUGGCCAAGUUUUGGAAGCUGUUAGAGGGGCUGGUGCUAACUGCGGUUUGUGGUGGUUUACUGGUGGUUUUCCGAGUCUACUUCAUGGGCAACAAACCACCGGAAUUUGCCCCAUCAGACAACCCUGCCUCCGACUGUGACAGUCUGCUCACUAGAACAUUGACCUAUCAUUUCCUUCCUGCCUUCAAUGUCUGGCUCCUAUUCUGUCCAAGAGUCCUGAGUUUUGAUUGGUCAAUGGAAGCAGUCCCGUUGAUCAAGACUUUUACCGAUAUCAGAAACUGUUCCACAGUUCUUCUUUACACAGCUCUAGCCUACUUUGCUCACCAAAUAAUAAAAAGUCUCCAUUCCGCUCCUCAAAAAGACACUUUUCAUAAACCUCACAUGAAUGGAAAUGGGGUCUCAAACCACACUUCUCAUAUACAGUAUACCAAACAACAGACUUCUUUCCCGAAAGCGCGGUUGAAAACGCGCCGCGGGUCCUGUAGCUCAACGGACAGUAAUGAAGAUAUUCCAAACUCUGUGCUGUCAUCGCAGACAGCCGAGGUUGUUAUUCUGUCUCUCGCUAUUAUGGUGUUCCCGUUCAUUCCGGCCUCCAAUUUAUUUUUCUACGUUGGAUUUGUGAUAGCCGAAAGAAUUCUUUACAUUCCUAGCAUGGGCUUCUGUCUUCUUGUCGCCUUUGGUGCUGAUCUGUUAUACACAUAUAUGAGGGAGAAGUGGAAGAAAAGGGCAGUGGUUGUCUCCAUUGCAAUUGUUAUUUUAUUAUAUAGUGCGCGGACUGUGAUUCGCAAUGAAGACUGGAUUACGGAGGAAAAAUUAUAUGCAUCUGGAGUGUCGGUGAAUCCAGCCAAAGCAUGGGGGAAUUUGGCCAAUGUGUGGAAUUCACAAAAGAAGAUGGCAGAGGCCGAGGAGGCUUACAGACAAGCCUUGUCUUACAGAGGAAACAUGGCCGACGUCCAUUAUAAUCUAGCCAUCCUUCUUCAAGAACAGAAGAGAGUCGAUGAAGCCUUGGAGAGUUACAAGAAAGCCAUCCACUUCCGACCAAAGCUAUCUAUGGCUCAUCUAAAUUAUGGUAUUUUAUUGGCAUCUCUUGGAAAAACUGACCAAGCAGCACAGGUGUUCCGCCACUGUGCAGAUCUUGACACCUCUGGUCUGAAGGAUCCUCGUCUCCAUGACAGCACCAAGAUCUCCUGUCUCUACAAUCUCGGUCGCCAGCUUACCGAGCAAGACAGAUUCGAGGAUGCUUUGGAAGUGUUUCAUGAAGCUUUGAAAAGAAGACCAAGUUACUAUCAACCCCAGUCCCUUUACAACAUGUUGGGUGAGGUAUACAUGAAGAUGGGUCAGUUAGAUAAUGCUGAACACUGGUAUCACGAAGCUCUCAAGUCGAAACCUGACCAUAUUCCGGCUCACAUCACGACUGCAAGACUGCUGCAGAAGAAGAAUAAACUGGAGGAAGCAGAAAGCUGGUUGAAGAAAGCCUAUGAGCUGGAUCCUAAUGACAGCAGUAUGUUGCAUCAUUAUGCACAGUUCUAUGCAGAGGCCGGGCGCCACAAGGAAUCUCUGCACAUGUUCAAGUUAGCUCUUGCUAAAUCCAAACCAGAUUUUGAGCUGCUCUUCAAUGCUGCUAAUGCAUUUAGACAAGAAGGUGACAACGGUGGGGCAGAAGGUCUGUACAGACAAGCUGUCAAACUGAAACCAGAGUUGUCCUCUGCCCACAUGAACCUGGGAGCCAUGCUGCACAUGAACAACAAACUGGAAGAAGCUGAGACGAGCUAUCUGGAAGCUCUUCGCUUGAAGCCUGAUGACAACAUGACGAAAACCAAUCUUCAGAAACUGAGAAACCUAAUAGGGUCCAGGAAAUAUUCAACAUCCAAGAAGAAUACAAGAUAGAAGUGGUUAAAGUUUAAUAUAUACAAUAUAUAUUAUAUAUUAUAUGAUGACAAUAUGACAAAAACCAAUCUACAGAAACUGACAAACCUAAAAGGAUCCAGAAAAUAUUUUACAUCCAAAAAGAAUACAAGAUAGAAGUGGUUAAAGUUUUAAUAUACAGUGAAACCACUGAAGACCGGUCCCUCUGUAAACUGGAAUUCCCUCAAAACCGGACGUUUUACAGAGUCCCUUUUUAAAAACCAGGACAGAACUUAACCUCUCUAAACUGGAUCCCUCUUAAAACCGGACAUUUUUAUUGGUCCCAAGGCUGUCCGGUUUAGAGGGGUUUCACUGGAUAUAACAUAUAUAUUAUAUGUUGACAGCAUGACAAAAACCAAUCAUCAAUAACUGAGGAACCUAAUAGAGUCCAGGAAAUAUUCAACAUCCAAGAAUACUACAAGAUAGAAGUGGUUAAAAUUUAAUAUAUAUAUAUAUAUAUUAUGUAUUUGAGGUAUUAUUUGGCAUACAACUUGGCAUAACAUCACAAACUUUACCAAACAUGACUCGAUGUCACAUCAUUUAAACAAAGUUUGUUUUGUUUAACGAAACCACUAGAACACAUUGAUUUAUUAAUCAUUGGCUGUUGAAUGUUAAACAUUUAGUAAUUCUGAUAUACCAUCUUAGAGAGGAAACCUGCUACAUUAUUCCAUUAGUAGUAAGGGAUCGCUUAUAUGCACCAUCCAACAGACCAUCUAAACAAGAGUUACAAAUGGACGUGCUUCUUAAAUUGCAUUUGGUCAAACUAAAACAACAUUUUUUUUUUACAUAGGAUUGGUUUCAGGAAUAUAUAACUUAAAAUACUAGAUAAAUACAUAAUAUAAAUAAAACUGAUGUCCAAUGAAUUAAUUUUAUUUGAACAGAAUUGGCGAAGUUUAUUUUUACCUUUUUAACUUUGAUGUUGAAAAAGUGACAAGUAAAUAAUGCUAUAUUUUUAUAAGAUGUAGUUAAAAAGUGUCCUAAUACUUGUGAUUUGGGGUGGGUGGUGAAGUUACAGGUUGUAGAGUUUCCGUAGAUGGCUUAUGAUAAUGUUCUUUCUUGUAUGUAUAUGGCAUAUACAUGUUUGUGAACUUUGUUUGAAAUAAUGUCAAUUUUUAACCUUAUUUAUGAAAAUUGUUGUUUUACCACUAUCUAAUAAAAUGUACUGUGACAUGGUUGUUACAGCUUAUUUAUGUUACUUUUUCUCAGUAACUUACUUGGUGAAUUUAGUCCCAGAAUAUAUAUAUUUUUUAUAAUAAAACAAAGUGUGAUGCAAUAUCUUUGUCACUGUCAGGUGAUAUGAAAACCCUGACACAUAUGGAGGUUGUGAACAAUAUCAUUUUAUAAAUAAAGUGUAUAUAUUAUAUUUGUAUAAAUAUACUCCCGACAAAAAGAAAAUUAAGCAAGUUAAGUUGAUGUUUCUUCAAAAAUCUUCUUACACAUAGUACUGUAUUUGAAAUAAAAAUAAAACUGACCCUUCUCUUUCAACCAGGGGUGGGAAUUCUCCUCGGAUCAGCUGUUUUCCUCUAAUGGAACAUUGUGUUUCCUCGCAUUUUAAUCGUCCUUUCCUCCAAAAUGUGUCUAAUGGCACAGAUUUUAACCUAGGAUUUCAAGAAUUUCCGGGACCCCUCUAGAUUUCCUCUUUUUUUUUUUACAGUUCACCAAUUCCCACCCCUGUUCAACAUAUCCACCAUAGCAUGCUGAAAACGUGUGGGCGAAGGUGCCAUUCAAAUAUGUCUAACUCUUAAUCAGGAUAUUCGGUAUCUUAGUUAUAAUAAUAUUAUGUUCAAAGCUAUACUUGUUAAAGGAUAUUUAAUGACAAAAUAAUUUAAAUGUUGGUUUACAAUUAAACAUUCCAGGAUGUUAGUAUGUAUUGUUUAAGUUGUAGAUAGAAUAAAUUACGGUAGACUUGUUAGUAAUUCGAUCCAGUUUGAUGUAUAAAAUAACUUCAGUAAUUUUAUUGUUAUGUUAUAUUUUGUUUUGUUUUUUAAUUUGUUCAGCUGGGUAUAUAUUACAUUCAGAAUUGAUAUAUUUUAAAAACGUAUAGCCACUUGGUCCAUUUAAGUAAAGCAUUUCUUGCUAAACCUUUUUUCUUGCUUGAAAUAUCCAUUUCUUGAUAUCUUGUCUUCAAAAAUUUAUUUCUGAACACAUAAUUACUUACAAAUUUGACUAGCAUUUGCAAACCAAGUUGUUAAAAAUCUUAAGACAAUUAAUUGUGUGUAUCCAUGAAUAGUUAUAACAUUUGAAUGACCCAACUUUCUGAUAACUGAAUACAUGUAGAAUGAAUUUCUAAAACGUAUUUACCAAAACAUAAAAAGAAAGGCAUAGCAUUAAAAUCAAGCUCAUGUCAAAUGGUCAAACCAGAACCAUCUUGAGCUUCUAUUAAGCAUUCAGACCAACAAAACUGUAUAGAAAUAGAUGUAUAGGAAUACAUAUUCUAAUUUAAAAACUGUAAGUUUCAAGUUUUAUAUAACAUUGACCUUUAACAGUGUGUUAUAUUAAAUAUACUGUCCUAAAGUUUGCUUUUUUGGCAGCAUGUUUCCUACAAACAGAGUCUUUUUAAUAACUAAAAACUAAAGUUUGUUUUGUUUAACAAUACCACUAGAGCACAUUGAUUUAUUAAUCAUUGGCUUUUGGAUGUGAAACAUUCAGUAAUUUUGACAUAUAAACUUAUAGAGGGAACCCGCUACA